GAGCCCUUUCCUAGAAUCCUUACUGGGUUCUAGCAGCAUUAUUUGCUGUCUGGCCCACUUUGCUUAAAGCUUCAUUUUCUUUCCAGGUUGACUCCCAUGUUUUACCUUACUCCCAGAAAGGAAUUCCUUCUAAUUUCUAGUUAAGAAAUCUUUUCCUCUGAAUACCACAUCUUAUCAAAAGUGAAAUUACCUUGCCUCACAGUCUGGGUAGACCUGCACCUAUCUGCCCCAAAGCCCUUUAUCUGUCUUAUGCGCCAGUGGUGUUUAAUUCACUCUUCAUGUUACUGUUACAUGUCUUUUCUUCUACCCACCCAAGCCAUUUUACCCACAUGAGUGCAUAUGGCCUUGGGUCCUCAGGCCAAGGUCCAGCUGGGGGUCAGACCGGAAGACCGGGGCCCCUCUGUCAAUCUUCAUCUUGAUUAAUCUACCUGACCAUUUGUGCAGCAGACUGGACUUUAUGCGUAUAAAGUCUUUGGUAUUCUGGAUGAUUGCCCACCGGCUGUGCUGGCAGAUAUCUAUAUGGACUUAGACUACAGAAAACAGUGGGACCAAUAUGUUAAAGAACUCUAUGAAAACGAAUACAAUGGAGAAACCGUGGUCUACUGGCAAGUGAAGUACCCUUUUCCCAUGUCCAACAGAGAUUACAUCUACAUCCGGCAGCGGCGAGACCUGGACAUGGAUGGGCAGAAGAUCCAUGUAGUCCUAGCCCAGAGCACCUCUGUGCCACAGAUUCCUGAGAGGUCUGGUGUGGUCCGGGUGAAUCAGUAUAAGCAGAGCCUGGUGAUCAAGAGUGAUGGCAAGAAAGGGAGCAAAGUUUUCAUCUAUUACUUCGAUAACCCGGGUGGCCAAAUUCCUUCCUGGCUCAUUAAUUGGGUCGCCAAGAAUGGUGUUCCUAACUUCUUGAAGGAUAUGGCAAAAGCCUGUCAGAAAUACCACGAGAAAACCUAAGAAAGGAAAUCGUGUGUCCACGGAACGAUGAUCUGGGAGUGCCACAGCCCAUCGACGCUCAACUUUCCUUUCACUUUUCUGUCUUCAGAGGCCUGCACACUGUCCUGCACGUCGUCCUUGUCCCUGAGUGUGUUUGCCUGACGCCUGGCUUCCUUUCCCACUCCCCACCCCGGGACUGGCUGCCUUCUCCCACUAUUGAAUAUGGGUCAGAUUAGGGAAACUUUUGCUUGUUUAUUUUUAAAAAGGGAAGUCCUCAAUAGAGAACACAGUCAUUCCAUUGUGCCAUUUCAGGGGGAUGGGUGGGCGGAGGAACCAUGACAAUGCAAGAGCAGCCGAUCCUGGAGAGCUGGCUCCUUCCUGGAAUGUGGCUUCUUGAAACCCAGAGGGGGCUGCUGGGAGCCCCAUCCCCUUCAAAAUGGACUGUCCGUGCACCAACACUGGAAGACACUGGCUGAUGUCCGUAUGCCUUAUGCUUUGGUGUGCUGAUCUGGCUGGGGUUUGAGGUGAUAAUCCAGGAAGUGUCUCUGCCGUUCCUACUUGUGGAGGAUCAUGAACUGUUCUGACUUCAAACCAUUCUGAAAAAACACUGCAGGCCUGGCUAAGCACUAAAUGUAAUAACCAUUUUUUCUCAUCAUCUGUAUCUGGAUUUCUUUUUCCCACAUCCACUAGUACUAACUCUGCAUUUUAUUGGAAACUGAGGCAUCAUGACAACUCAGGCAGUUAGCAAAAGUCAAGAUGCUCUCACACAGCACUGUGAUAAAGUGUCUUUCUAGGCAAUAAAAUGAAUUUCCCUUCUAGAAUGUUUAACGAUAUUGAACAGAUAAUAGUUCACAGUCAGGGAAAUAUUAAUUAGUGGAUUAACUGACUCUACACUUUUUCUCAGGAAUUCUACCUAAGUUGCCUGCCUCUUCUACUACCAAAAGACUUCCUGUUUUCUGUUUUCUCCUGAAUUUUGGUAAGGCAAAAUAUUCUGUGGCUAAAAGCACAGCCUUCAUGAUCUCAGGGAAUAAUUUUAACCACUGUGUGAUGGUACUGAGCCUUAAUUAGAGGUCACAGAAAUUAAGGAUGUAAAUCCAGAAGCAGAGGAUUUAUUAAAAUGGGAUACAUCAGAUUGUAUGUCUUCUCUCUGGGAAAAAUAAAGUGAAUACCAAUAAAUACAGAAUGACUUAAAAAUA